UGGCUCGGUGACCUCCACACGACAAUGUCUGCAGACUUGCUAGCGAGGAUUGAGCGUGACCUUUGCAAGAUUGGGGAAGAAAUCUGGAAUAUUGAUGGUCCAGAUGAUGUUGUCGACAAGGUGCUCGAGAGACUCUCAUUAUUGAAAGCGCAACUCGAAGUCCAGAAAUCAUUGCAAGCUACUGCAAACUUGCUACGACGAGUACCAAGCGAUAAAGCUCUUCCAAAGCAGCAAGCUACGAAAGUGAAGCAUUUGGUUCGCUUCGCCUUUCGAAAGAACAGUCGUCAAGAGCUCCUUGAACGAGGCAAAGAAGGCAAAGAAGGCAAAAAAGACAAAGGAGACAAAGGAGACAAAGAAGGCAGACAUCAGAAACUACGCAAAUUGGAUUGCGAUGCUUUAAAGCUCUGUGGGUUAUCUUAUACGACCGAAGAAAUCGUCAAGUUGGGUGACGCAGAGUUUGAGAUCCUCCAAAAACGUGCAGAAGAAUUCAUCUGUCAUCGCAAUCUUUCGUACCUUUUAUAUCGCCCCGAUGUGGACAAAGCUAUCGAUUCCAAGCUCGAAGAUCCCGAGGACGAUGAGUCAUUCGACAAAUUCAUGCAAUCACACACUGCCCGACGACUAUCGAUACGCAAACGAAAAUACGAUGCAAUAGCAUCACCGAACGAAGCGGCUCAAGCGCCGACAGAGAAAAAGACAAACACAAACACGAAUGAAUAUGACGGAGAUGCCUUCAUCGUCGAUAGACAUCACGCGCGAGAGGCUCUAGAUCUCGACGAUGACGAACAUCUUGGGGAAGUAUGGCUAACAAUUCGGAAGAAGGUACACGGCGCCAUUAAUGAGAAUAUAUCAUUCCUUGAGAAGAAGAGGAGAGCAUUCAUCACAAUUUGGAUGUCAGAAGUCUUGGGCGAAGAGUUAGGCAAACGAAGCAGACCGUUUCCAAUGAUCGAUUGCACGAGCAACAAGGAGGUACAACCAACCAACAAUGGAAACAUCGAUGUGUCUGUAUGAAC